UAUCCCUUUCUUGCAAUCUGCGCCGACGCGGCGGCCGGAUCCCGGGGACUCCCCGCGCCGGGAAUCUCCCGCCAGCUGCGCGCCGCGUCCCGGCGACGGCAGGAGCACGUGGAGAGGCCGGGUAGCCUCAGUGGCAGCUCCAGCCCGGACCGGGGCGACAUGGAAGAUAUACAACCAAAUGUGGAUCUGAAAAGCACUCAGGAGCAGGCUGUACCCACAGAAAGUCCAGAAGAUUUGAAUGACUACAAUUUAACCAAACGUCAUGAAAUAGAAAAUGUGGACAGUGCAGAAGCCCCAACCAAUGACGAUGAAGAUAUAGGAGAUGAUUCGAUGAAAGUGAAAGAUGAAUACAGUGAAAGAGAUGAGAGUGUUUUAAAGGCAGAACCCAUGGGAAAUGCAGAAGAGCCUGACAUUCCGUACAGCUAUUCAAGAGAAUAUAAUGAAUAUGAAAACGUUAAGUUGGAGAGACAUACUGUCUCCUGUGACAGUGGCAGGCCAACCAGUGGAAAGAUGAACUGCGAUGUGUGUGGAUUAUCCUGCAUUAGCUUCAAUGUCUUAAUGGUUCAUAAGCGGAGCCAUACUGGUGAACGCCCGUUCCAGUGUAAUCAGUGCGGGGCAUCUUUUACUCAGAAAGGUAACCUCCUCCGCCACAUUAAACUGCACACAGGGGAAAAACCUUUUAAGUGUCACCUCUGCAACUAUGCGUGCCAGAGACGAGAUGCACUCACGGGGCAUCUUAGAACACAUUCUGUUGAGAAACCCUACAAAUGUGAGUUUUGCGGAAGGAGUUACAAGCAGAGAAGUUCCCUUGAGGAGCACAAGGAGCGAUGCCGCACUUUUCUUUCAAGCACUGACUUGGGGGACACUGCAAGUGCGGAGGCAAGACACAUCAAAGCAGAGAUGGGAAGUGAAAGAGCUCUCGUUCUGGACAGAUUAGCAAGCAAUGUGGCAAAACGAAAAAGCUCAAUGCCUCAGAAAUUCAUUGGUGAGAAGCGCCACUGCUUUGAUGUCAACUAUAAUUCCAGCUAUAUGUAUGACAAAGAGAGUGAGCUCAUCCAGACCCGGAUGAUGGACCAAGCCAUCAAUAACGCCAUCAGCUAUCUGGGCGCCGAAGCCCUGCGCCCGUUAGUCCAGACCCCGCCUGCCCCCACCUCCGAGAUGGUUCCAGUCAUCAGCAGCAUGUAUCCCAUAGCCCUCACCCGGGCUGAGAUGCCGAAUGGUGCCCCUCAGGAGAUUGAAAAGAAGGGCAUCCACCUUGCAGAGAAGAGUGUGCCUUCUGAAAGAGGCCUCUCGCCCAACAACAGUGGCCACGACUCCACAGACACGGACAGCAACCACGAAGAACGCCAGAACCACAUCUAUCAGCAGAAUCACUUGGCCCUUCCCCGCGCCCGCAACGGCAUGCCACUUCUGAAGGAGGUCCCUCGUUCUUACGAACUCCUCAAGCCCCCACCCAUCUGCCCGAGAGACUCCAUCAGAGUGAUCAACAAAGAGGGGGAGGUGAUGGAUGUGUAUCGGUGUGACCACUGUCGCGUCCUCUUCCUGGAUUAUGUGAUGUUCACUAUUCACAUGGGCUGCCACGGCUUUCGUGACCCUUUUGAGUGUAACAUGUGUGGAUAUCGAAGCCAUGAUCGCUAUGAGUUCUCAUCUCACAUAGCCAGAGGAGAGCACAGAGCCAUGCUGAAGUGAAUAUGUCAUCCCAAAGAUUGUCCCAGUAACCCCACCUCACAGAUUGCUCUCAAAACACGCUCCACGUGCUCCAAGCUCCUUUUCGAAGCAUUUUUAGUAUCCAAAGCAUCGCGUUUACAUGGGUAGCCAGAGAAACACUUGUCUUCAUUCAGAAAUUAUUUGUAGAUCAACCAGGUUAUUACUUUUGAAGAACCUUUGUUUUCCCAUCAAGGACUUAAAUUGUAUGGAAUUUAAAAGUCAAAGAAGUAUUUGGUUAUUAUUCUGCAUCAACAGAAUAGGCAGCCAUUGAAGUUUGUUGCCAGUCAGAACAGCUCCCCAGCUGUGCUGCAAGAAACGUUCUUUCUGAGACACAUAAGCUGUAUGUGAAGAAGCUUUUUGGUCAUAUGCCCAAAUCCACAAAGAGGAAGAACUGACUAGCUGACCCUGCUGGGAAGCCUUGAUCUUUUCCACUUAACACAGGCAGAGGGGUUAGGAUAUAAUCUCCCCACACCAAAUAGAGUCUAAGAGUAAGAAAAAGAACAGCCAUAAAAUAAGUAUUUGUUCCAAGUAACCAAAGAUCCCUUUCUCCAUCAAUUUCACUACCUGUCAAAUAAUAGUAAUAGUAACAAGCCAUCUGAUCACAGUUCUGCUCCUACCCUCUGCCCUUCCAUCUCCAGUGAAAAGCUGAGCUACUUCGAGCUGAACCAUGUGUCUACAGGAGAAAUUCUGUAUUGAUGGUUUUAAACCUAAACCAUCACUGAAACUCCAAGAAGUUGUCCACUGUGCCAUCCCUUUCUUUUAAUCAAGAUUGGUUGAGCAGGGGUCUGAGGAGGGAAAUGAUUUGGCAGCACCAAUAGAAAAAAAAAGAAAGGGGCGGCGCCUGUGGCUCAGUCAGUAAGGCGCAGGCCCCAUAUACUGAGGGUGGUGGGUUCAAACCCGGCCCCGGCCAAACUGCAACCAAAAAAUAGCCGGGUGUUGUGGCGGGCGCCUGUAGUCCCAGCUACUCGGGAGGCUGAGGCAAGAGAAUCGCUUAAGCCCAGGAGUUGGAGGUUGCUGUGAGCUGUGUGAGGCCACGGCACUCUACCGAGGGCCAUAAAGUGACACUCUGUCUCUACAAAAAAAAAAAAAAAAAGAAAGAAAGAAAGAAAAGAAAAGAAGUAUAACCACCUAAGGUGUUGGUCUUCUUUAUGGAACUUUGGUGGUACAGACCCUAAGCAAAUAUGCCAGUGAUUUUUUUUCCACAAAAUGUUAUCAAAGAAUCUCAAAAGUACAGCUUAGCCUCCCCUUCCCCACGGAGGAGGAAUCAAGGAGAGACGCUGUGUGUUAUUGUUUCAUCAGAACCAAGCUUCAGGAUGGGGUGAGAAACGGGGCAUCUCCACUGAUGGGUUCUCCUUGGUCAGGCUCCCAUUUAAACAGCGCUACUUGGGGCGAGGCCUGUGGCUCAGUGAGUAGGGUGCUGGCCCCAUAUACCGAGGGUGGCGGGUUCAAACCCGGCCCCGGCCAAACUGCAACAAAAAAAUGCUGGGCGUUGUGGCAGGUGCCUAUAGUCCCAGCUACUCGGGAGGCUGAGGCAAGGGAAUCGCCUAAGCCCAAGAGCUGGAGGUUGCUGUGAGCUAUGACGCCACGGCACUCUCCCGAGGGUGAUGGAGUGAAACUCUGUCUCUAAAAAAAUAAAUAAACAGAGCUACUAUUUUCCACAAAAAUUCCUGAAAGUCUGAUAAUCUAGAUUCUGCAGAUGUAUCGGUCACCUUUGUCACUAAUAAUGGGGACAUACUAUCCAGGAGGAAUGCUGUGAUCAUUGUAAAAUGAACACUGGAAGAGAGGUGACAAAAUCUGUUGGCUAGUUCCGUAUUUGCCACUAAUUAGCUGUGUGACUUUGAGCCAAUCGUUUUAACUCUUAAAACUCAGUUUCCUCCUCCAUAAACUAAGAAUUGGAUUUAAGACCUUUUCUAAGGUCCUUGCCAAUCUAAAAUUUUCAUGUGAAUAUGCAGUAGUCACAAGUUAUUUUUUAAACCUCUUGAUGUGUGGAUAUUAAACAGAGGAGCAUAUAUAUAAGAAUACGUUUCACAUUUCUUUGGUGUGAAAAUGGCAAGGUGUUAAGUUUUUCCUUUAACCACUGAGUUGUGAAUGUAAAAGAAGAUGGUGGGGAGGAACAAAAAACAGGAAGGUAUUUUGGUCUUGCCCCAAAGUGUAUUUUUUUUUUUCUUUUUAAGAACUUGUGUUAGGGAAAAUAAAUUCUGCUUCCAUGGACAACUUCGUGAGCCUAUUUACAAAUUAAGAGGCAGCUUUGUGAACAUCUCUACCAGAGCCAAGAAUCCCAAAUUCCUAGUAGAUUAGCGUUUUCUUUCUAAAGGGUUUAUGCAUUCGGCUCAAACUCAACUUGUCUGUGUGCUGCCAGUAAUUAAAAUGUUCCACCUCAGACUGCACAAAUGGCUUAUCCUUUGUAGCAUGGCGUCUGUCUCAGGAAAAAAAAAAAAAAAAGGUUUUAUGAAAUUCCAUGGCAACAGUCCCAACAUGUUUGAGAUCUCAACUAAAGGACUAGAUGUAUUUUGGUGUGUAGUCUUCAGUAUAUCACUGUAUUUCCAUAAUACUAGACUCUAAGUUAUGCCAGAUUGCUUACACCCAUUGUGAAAGAGGAGUUGCUCAUUAUAUCCUUGAAAUAUCACACAUCCUGUUGACUCCCUGAGGGACAAGACAAAGAUUUUAGAAGUAGGGAUUAGUAGGAGAGAAAGGUAGGGAAAGAGAGCCUUUCCACUGGAUUAGUGUUAAAGUCUUAGCUGAACAGAGCAACUUUUGCAUCUCAAAAUGGUGCAACUGAGGUCCAUUCCACCAACAAAGAAUUCUAAGAAUUUAUACAUUCUUAAGUCUUGAAGUUGAACCAGGAACAAAUGGUUGCCACCACACAGGUAAACACUUCUUUCUGUACAUACUCCUUAGGCUCUAAUGAUCCCUGCCCCACUUGCUGGGAGCAGGGGGUAAUGAAGAGAGAGAAUGCCUAAUAAGAAGGCUGAGUCAGAUUUGCACCUGCCACUGCUGGGCCGUGAAAUCCUCCUAUAGCAGCUUCAGGCAGUAUCUUCACAUUCUCACGCAGACUCCUUCUGAACAUGACCUCUGUAGAUCUCGAUUUCACUUCCCACCAACUCCCUUACCAGGCAGGCCUUGCACCUCACACCCAGCAGGCCACAACCUGAGGAACAGGAAAAUUCCCUUCCAGCCAAGGUAACAGAAUGGGGGUGAGGGAAGAAAAGAAAUAGUUUUUUGUUUGUUUUGUUGGUUUAUUUAUAGAUGAGAUUUCCCUGUGCUGCCCAGGCUGGCCUGCAACUCCUGGGCUCGAGCAAUCCUCCCACUCAGCUUACCAAGUAGCUGAGUUUAUAGGUGUGUGCCACUGAGCCAGCCCUCCAAUCAGGAUUUCCUAUCAGGAUUUGAAGCACGGCAAAUCUUAGUUCCUGCUGAGAGAAAAAUAAAGGAAAAUGUCUUAGUGUUAGACUCCAUCACCACCAGAAAAAAAUAUAUACAUCGAUAAAUCUACCAGUCUUUAGAUUCCUAAAAUUAUCCUCCCAAAAAGUCUUGGCACAGAGAAGCCAUCUAAUUUUAUGCUUUGUUAGCUAUUCUGAGAUGUUCCUGACACAGCUUCUGACUUUGUCAGUGAUAAUAUUUAUCACCUAUGGGGGAGGGGCUGUUUUUUAUUUUUAUUUUUGAGAUAGUGUCUCACCGUGUCAGCUGGGCUAGCGGGCAGUGGCAUCAUGAUAACUCACUGCAGCCCCAAUCUCCUGGGCUCACCCAAUCCUCCCACCUUGGCUUCCCAAAGUACUAGGAUUACAGGCAGGUGUCGCUGCUCAGCCAAAACAUAUUGCCUUUUAAACGCAGCACUUCACAUGUUGGUAGGCCCCCACUUAACAGGGGCCCAGAUAUAAAAUGACCUUGCAUUUAUUUUGCAAAGAAAAAUAUUUAAAAAUACAAAAUUUUACUCAAACACUGUUAUUAUCAAAGCUCACAAAGUUUUUCCAAGUAGGAUCUGUACCACCAUUAUUCUCCUCCGCUUCCCACCCCACCCCACUGCUGAAUGUGAGGUUUAGAAAGUUUUAAAGGAAAAAGCAGUAUUUUGUUAUAUACCACAUCACAGGUGGUAAGACCACAAUGGAAACGUUUCUUUAAAGUUGUAACUUUAAAGUGUACCCCACCGAGAAGAGGUAUGUUGGUCUCUAAUGGAGAUUUGGAAACUCUGGGACACUCGAGAUUUAUGAAAGAGCUUGGACAUCUUUGGGGACUCAAAAGACUCAGAGUUAGGACUUGUGAGCCCAAGAAGAGAAAAGGGGAGUGGUGAAAAUUUUGUUCUA